GUCCGUUAUGUUCAUGUACUACGAUGCGUGUCCAUCUAUGCGAGACAGUGUUUGCGCGUACUCUCAAGUAAGUACGUGCAAGCGAAUAUACGAUACACAUACACUGAGAUGCGCGGGCGUGUACACUAUCAUGGCUGAUUUUUUUCCUUCGAAACGAAGAGCGAGUGAUCCAUACAUGGUAACAGUGAGAAGACUGGCUUACGCGUUGCAACGCGUAAUCCACCCUACCUGCUCUCCUGUCGCCAUUCGUUCGCCUUUCAUCUGCAAUAUUCGGAUGGGUGUGUACUACACCGGUGAGUCACGUAUCGACUUUUCUCCCAGCCAACUUCGGGUAACCAGGGUGGGUUUAAGGCACACCCAUCAUCAGUUAAGGAAGCUGGAGCGCAGAAUCAUUAGAGCAGUUGGCAACGUUGCCGACACUGGCUGGUGAAAAGGUGGCGGGGCUCGAGUAUCGUCCAAUCAGAAACGUUGUUUGAACCUCUCUGCCUCGCUCCCCGUAAUCCUGUAGAAGCUUGAAAAUCUGUAACGGACGCCGCUACCGAGGCAUAUUCGUUUCUGGGCUCUCGUCACGAGUUAUCGUGUAUCUCGUCGCUAGUUCAAUUGUUACAAGAAGCUUCGAAGAAGUCCAAAAACCUACCAAGCAACAUGAGGGAAAUCGUCCACAUUCAAGCCGGCCAGUGCGGUAACCAAAUUGGCGCAAAGUUUUGGGAAAUCAUCAGUGACGAGCAUGGCAUCGACCCAACUGGUACUUAUCACGGUGACUCCGAUCUCCAAUUGGAGAGAAUCAACGUGUACUACAAUGAAGCGUCCGGUGGAAAAUACGUGCCACGUGCCAUACUCGUCGAUUUGGAGCCAGGCACGAUGGACUCCGUUCGCUCGGGACCUUUCGGACAGAUAUUCAGACCAGACAACUUUGUAUUCGGACAGUCCGGAGCCGGUAACAACUGGGCGAAAGGUCAUUAUACCGAGGGAGCUGAACUGGUAGACUCUGUUCUCGAUGUAGUUAGGAAAGAAGCCGAAAGCUGCGAUUGCUUACAAGGUUUCCAACUGACUCACUCUUUGGGCGGUGGUACCGGAUCCGGUAUGGGAACACUGCUCAUCUCGAAAAUUCGCGAAGAAUAUCCCGAUAGAAUCAUGAACACAUACUCUGUUGUACCGUCUCCGAAAGUAUCAGAUACUGUCGUAGAACCGUAUAACGCAACGCUUUCUGUACAUCAGUUGGUAGAAAACACAGAUGAAACUUACUGUAUCGACAAUGAGGCCCUUUACGAUAUUUGCUUCCGUACUCUGAAAUUAUCUACACCCACCUAUGGUGAUCUGAACCAUCUCGUCUCCCUUACGAUGUCUGGCGUCACCACUUGUUUGAGGUUCCCUGGCCAGUUGAAUGCCGAUCUGAGAAAACUCGCCGUGAACAUGGUACCAUUCCCGCGUCUCCAUUUCUUCAUGCCAGGUUUCGCACCACUUACCUCCCGUGGCAGCCAACAGUACAGAGCUCUUUCUGUGCCCGAACUCACUCAACAGAUGUUCGAUGCAAAGAAUAUGAUGGCAGCAUGCGAUCCAAGACAUGGAAGAUACCUCACAGUAGCAGCGAUUUUCCGUGGCAGAAUGUCGAUGAAGGAAGUCGACGAGCAAAUGCUCAACAUUCAAAACAAGAACAGCUCCUACUUUGUCGAGUGGAUCCCGAACAACGUGAAAACGGCCGUCUGCGACAUCCCACCUCGUGGCUUGAAGAUGUCCGCCACCUUUAUCGGCAAUUCGACAGCUAUCCAGGAGUUAUUCAAGCGAAUCUCCGAGCAGUUCACCGCCAUGUUCAGGAGAAAAGCUUUCCUUCAUUGGUAUACUGGAGAGGGUAUGGACGAGAUGGAAUUCACCGAAGCCGAGUCGAACAUGAACGAUCUGGUCUCGGAAUAUCAGCAGUACCAAGAAGCCACUGCCGACGAGGAUGCAGAAUUCGACGAGGAACAGGAAGCAGAGGUCGAUGAAAAUUAAACAUCGACUCUACUUUAUUCCACAUACUGUCUGUACUCUAUCAUUCAUCCCUCCAUCAUUGUCCUUCGCUCUCCUACUGCUUUUUAACUGCGUUUAUUUCUGUUUCUUCCUAUUCUGUCUCUCCCUUUUUAAUUUCUUUUUUACUGAUGUCUGUUCAGGCGCGCUUUUUUCAUCAAUAUCACCACAAACAUAGACACAUACACUCGCAUUCUUCGGAUAAUUUGAUUAGGAAAUCGUUUUUGUCAAUCUUUUUUUCCAUAUUCGGUUAUUUGAAUUAUAUAGUUUGCGAGGCGCGUCUUUGUAUUCAGUGUAUAACCGCUUAUGCGGACAGCAUCAUCUUUGAAUAAAUUAUUACCAUAUAAAUGUACGGUUUUAUAAGAAUCCCUUAUUGUUGUCGCACUAUUCUAUACUACUAUCAUGUUCAGUGAUUCAUUUUUUAUAUUUAUGAAACUACAAUGUAGCAUAUUUGUAUUUAUAUUUGUUCUCUCAUCUAUGGACUUUUAUACUAUGAUAAAGAUCUGAAUAAAGUAGAUCAUUCAUCAGAGUACUAAGAGAGGUAUCAUGAUUAAAUAUCCAAUUUAUUCGAUAUUAUAAUAUAUAUGCAAAGUUCAAUUGAGCUUUGGAGCAUGUUUAAUUUGAAAAAGAUAGAGUUUUAUGUGUAUUGAAGAUAGAGUUUUAAUUGUAUUGAAAUUUUAUCGAAAAAUAGAAAUUUGUUUCGAGAUAUAAUUUUGCACAAGUUCUUUUACAUUGUUCUUUUACAUUUGAAAUAUUUUAAUUCACAUUGGAUGGAUUAAUAACUAUGUUUAUCUUAAAUAUCUUUAUUUUUGAAGAUAUAAAACAUUUUUUUUAAGCAAAAUUUAUUCAGUAGGAGUAUGGCAAAUUCGUAACAAUUUUGGUUACGGAGAUAGUCGAGGUUAUCUCCGAUUUUUUGAAAUAUUUUUGUUCCAUUAAUCGA